GCACAUAUCUACCCUCCCUAGGUCUGUGCUCGUUUGGGCUCCAACGCAGAUGCUGUCCCUUUGGGAAGCACCGGCCGGCGCUGCAGGCGCUGACGCCUCUCCCCACCUGACCGGGACAGGGCGGCGCAUGUUGCGGAAGGGGCAGUCUCCUCUGCUCUCUCAGUCUGUGCGGGCGGAGUUGGUGUCUGGGGGUCCCCGGGCUGCAGCCUGCCCUGGGCCGUGGAAUGCGGGUUGGUUCCGGUGCCCCGCUCAGGAGGGCGCCAUGGUGCAGCUCUACAACCUGCACCCGUUCGGCUCGCAGCAGGUGGUGCCCAGCAAGCAGGAGCCGGCGCUGUUCUGCUGCGGCCGGGGUGCGCUGCUGGUGGCCUGCGCGGCGGCCGGCUGCAAGGUAGAGGCGUUUGCUGUGGGCGACCAGGAGCUCUGCGAGCCGCUCGGCUGUUUCAACACGCUGGGCCGGGUGCUGCACAUGGCUUACAGCGAGGCGGGAGAUUAUUUGGUGACAAUUGAGGAGAAAAACAAGGCCACCUUCCUACGAGCUUAUAUGAAUUGGAGAUGCAUGUCAACAGGGAACACUCGAGUUUGUGUCCGGAUGGUGGGUCACAAGAUGGAAGAGUCAUACAGUGAAUCUUCUAAAGUCCAGAUGUCAAUUGUGGAAAUGCCUCUUUCAGAUCCACCAUUGUGCAUUUCGUGUUGUCCUGUAAAUGGAGAUCUUCUUGUUGGCUGCAAAAAUAAACUGGUCAUGUUCUGCUUGAAAUAUCAUGUCAUAAAUCAGGAUCUGACUGUAUUGGAUUUUGAACUCUCCUUAAUUUUGCACAUCGAUAAUGUCACCCCUACAGAAGUAGCAUUUUGUGCUGGGUACAUAGCUCUAACAACAGAGUUGGAUGUUUUAAUCCUGAAGCUGGAACCUGUUCAGAAAGGUGCAGAUAAUACUGAACUAUGUGCAGAUAAAGUCAAAGCACCAGAAAAGCUUGUAGAUGAAGGUGUAAAAGAUGAAGUUCCUUCAGCCUUUUCUUCCCAGCUUGAGUCGGAUGACUUUGUCAUCUGUCAGAAGCCCAUGGAACUACUUGGGGAGGAAAGCAGACUAUGCGGAGUACUGGUAACACUGGAAUCAACAGGGUUAGCUAAGGAAGACACAGAAUAUUUCCAAGUGCGGUACCUCCUAUACAGACGUUUUACUCCAGAUCUGUCAUCUUUCGUCUUCUCUAUUGAAGAGUCCAAGUUGCACUCUCUUCAGCUACUGCCUAUGUAUCAGACAGGAAGUUCCAUGGCAGUCAAUGGAAAAACUGCAGCCAAGAAAGAAUUGCUGAGUGUCUUCUGUUUUUUCUCCUUGCCACAUGCUGGGUAUCUCUAUGCCGUUGGGAGCUUAGUAGAGCUGCUUUCUACCUAUCAGUACUCGGAAAAAUCUCAGCAGGCAGUUCUUACCUCACAAUUCCUACAUGUUAUUACAAGUAACAGCUUGCAGUGUUUCACAGUACGAUGCAGUGCAGCAGCAGCUCGUGAGGAGGACCCAUACAUUGAUACAACCAUGAAGGCUUGCCCACCUGUGUCUCUAGAUGUCUGUGCAUUAAGAAUGCAGCUUUUUAUAGGGCUGAAAGCUAUUUGUCACUUCAACAACCAUGUAAUUCUUCUGACUAAGGCAGAUAGUGAAGAUAUUACUGAAAGAAGAAAGCCUCCAAGAAGGGUCCUUUCCAGAAAGGCUGACAGUGUCAAACUCAAGACUCCACCCGAGUCUGAACCUGGCUGGAAUUUAUAUAUUGUGAACACUAUUUCAACCAUUCAGCUUUAUAAAGAAAUGGUAGACUACAGUAAGACAUAUGAAAAUGUAAGAACAGAGAGUUGCAUCCAUCUUCUAAGUGAGGCUCACUUGUUAGUCAGAGCAGCUCUAAUGGACCCCAGUCUGAUAGAAUCAGAAGAGAAAGAGAAGCUCCUGGCAGCUUUCAGAGAAAGUUGUGCUCACCUAGGAGACUGUUACAGCAGGUUUGACACAAAGGAUUCCCAUCUUGCCCUGCCUUACUACAAGAUGUCUGGCUUAUCCAUAACUGAAGUUUUGAAGAGAAUAGACUCAGUGGUAGAGGGUGGAACACAGAAAUAUGAAAAAGGAUUUAUCUUUUACUUAAAUCAUUCUCUUUAUGAAGAUUUAAAUGAAGAGUUAAGCAAAGAAUCGGCAGCCAAAGUGCUCCAAAUAUUCUAUUUCGCUGAACCAAACCAGCUGCCCCAUGUGCUCUGCAGUUCCUGCAUGAAGAAUGUAUGUCCCUUGAUGGCAAUAGAGCUUUUGCAGAAAGUGGAACUGAUUGUGCCAUCAGUGGUAUUGACGCUAACCAAAGCUGCCAUGGCUCUGAAAAUGGGAGACCUAGAGGCAUAUAAAAAUGAGAUGGACUGUUAUACAGAGAUGAGACUGGCAUAUGGCUUUAUUGGGGAACCAAGACUUCUGAGGCAGCAGACAGAAGGGCGGAUUGUUCCAACCGAACUUGCUGUUUACUUGAAGGAGACGCGGCCUGGGUUGCUGGUGGCUUCGAUGUUGGCUUUACAUGAAAACAGUAAAGUUGAAUUGGAAGAAGCAGACUCUUACUUUGAGAUGCUUUGUGGGAAGACUGAAGAUACAACCCCUCAGCUCUUAGUAGACUUCUGGGAAGCCCUCCUUGUAGCAGGCUCUGAGAAAGAAAUACUCCAGGAGGUCUUAUUCAAGCUCACUUCACAGUACAUUUGGAGACUAUCGAGGAAGCAGCUUCCUGAUACCAAACCACUGAAAACAACAGAGGAUCUGAUAAACUCCUGUAAUCAUUAUGGGUUAAUUUUCCCUUGGGUGACCUUCAUAAUGUCAUUGGGACCUGCAUGUGAUAAGUAUCCUGAAGAUCUUUCAAAACUACAGUCUCUUUUAUGUGGUCCAUCAAUCGACAUAGCUUCAGUUCUGCCAUUCUUGGAGCCAUUAUCAGAAGACAGUAAUGCUGGUCUCAGUGUCCAUGUUCUUUGCACUACGGGGGUAGGAGAGUAUGAGAAAUCCAUUGACAAGCUCCUAGAGAAGUGUCCUGAAGCACUCAUACCCUAUGCCCAGCAUGAGUUGAAAGAUGAAAAUCGGGCUCUCUGGUGGAACAAACUGCUUCCUGAACUUUGUAAACGAACCAGAUAUGUUGGGGAUGACUACUCCAUUCUCAUCUCAUCGCUGAAAGAAACUUUAUCAGUGGUUGCCAUGGAACUGGAACUAAGGGAUUUCCUUAAUGUUCUACCAGAGGAUGGGACUGCAGCAUUCUUCCUGCCACAUCUACUUCAGUGCAGCAAAAGGAAAUUCGUGACUUAAACACAAUGAAAAAUGUGGACUUGAAAGCACUGGAAUAAAUAGGCAAAACUAAAUGGUGGAAUUGUACGUGAAGUAUUGUGGGAGUCCAUCUACUUGCAAACUACCUGGGUAUAUUGUAAAAACUGGCCUUAUAUUGUAUAAUAAGAAGACAAUCACCACUUGAGGUAGAGUAUCAAUUUUGUAAAUUUAAGAAAAGCGUUCCCAGUGAUAAAAUGUCACUGAUACUGGCAAAUCGAAAGAAUCCCUGUUUAUCUUAUGGAACUGAAUAUUGUGUUAUUCAGCCAAAUAGUUGACGAAGUUCAGACAUUUCCUGAGUGAGAAUGUAUAUUCUUAAUGGAGAAAAAUAUAGCCAGAAGGAAUAUUGUACUACUUAAAGUUGCACAAAAUUCUAUCCCACUGUAGUGUUCAUGUAAAAGGUGAAGUAGGGAAUGGAAGCUGUCACUCCUGGAUCCCAUGUCUUCAGCUAGUUAGGCCCCAAUCCAAAAAUACGUAAGCUCAUGGGUGUCUUUUUAAGCAUGUGCGAAGUCUUAUUGACUUGUUCUUCCAACUGGAAUUUCUGGAGACUUGUCAUGGACUUAUAGAUAUGCACAUGCUUGAGUAGUUCAAUUGAAUUCAGGUUGGAAGAACAAGUUAAGGGGACUGCUUGCAUGCUUAGAGUUCUGCACAUGGACAAGACUUUGCUGGAUCAAGUCUUAUUCAUCAAAUGUGUAGAAAGUGGUUCCCAAGAGAAAUAACUAUCUUUCGGUAAGUAGGUCACAGAUGUUUUCUGCUGUUCAUUUCCCCUUCUCCCAUCACUAUAUUCAGUCUCUAAUGGACAACAAGCAUCUUCGCCUCUGGUUUACUUCUUUCCAGCUACAUUAUUUUCUAGAUGGCCCACCAAACUAGCUGUCUUAUGUCUUUGUUUUUACCAUGCAUUUUGAAAAGGGAUCUCUCAAUUACAGAGUCAUUUUUUCCCCUCUGUUCUGAGUCGAAAUGCCUUCUUGGUCUUUCAACUGCAAUACAAUUGGAAAAAAACUACUGUCAUAAUGAUUGUAUGAACAGUGAUAAUUAAGGUUGAGUAUUUCAUUUUCAUUGUAUGAAACUGUUUUCCAAUAUUCAAUGGUAAGAGAAGAGUUCUUUUAUACAAUGUUACUAACAACUCUAUUCUAAACAGCUGUGAGCUAACUGCAGUCAGACUAUCACAAUAAGGAUCAACCAUCUGAGAAUCUAAUUAGCUGACUAAUUGGAUUUCAUAUUGCAGUAGAGAGAACCUGGAGCGCUGGCCCUGGUGCAAGAUUUGAGGCCUAACCCAGAAGCUGUGAACCAGUCAGGCCACAUAUUAAAGCAGAUGCUUACAAGUCCACUGUCCAGUACAUAAACGUGGCAAAGUUUUUGCUAGUGUACUAGACGGAAUGGCUAGGGACAGCCCUGGGUGUGAAAGAUAUAUCUGUCAGGAGUGUGGAUUUUUCACAACCCUAACAGAUGUAGCUAUGGCGACCUAAUCCCUGGUGUAGACAAUGGCAGGCCAAUGGAAGAAUUCUUCUGUUAAUCCACCUCCCCAAAAUGUGGAAGCUAGGUCAACUACAGCAACGGGCGAACCUCUCCUGUUAGUGGAGUGAGUGAGUGUUUAUAUUGAAGCACUCCAGUGGUACAGCUGGAGCUGUGCCACUGUAGUGUUUUAAGUGCUGGUGUACCCUUACACUCCCAAACCGCCAUUAGGAAGUAUCCUCCAGAUUCUAAAUACUUAAUUUAGGGCUUAUCUACAUGAAACACUUCACUGCAGACACUCACUACAGCAAUGGGAGGGGCUCUCCAGUUGGCGUAGGUAAUCCACCUCCCCACGAGGCAGUAUCUAAGUCGACAGAAGAAUUCUUCCAUCAACCUAGCAGUCUUCACAGAGGGUUAGGUCAAUUUAACUACAUCAGUCGGGUGUGUGGAUUUUUUCCAGUCACAUAGCUGGGUCGACCUAACUUUUGAAUGGGACCCAAUCCAGUAGGUGCCCUCCGAGUAUGCCUGACAGAUCGGGUCCUGCCCGUGAUUUCGAUAGCUGAAUGCCUUUCUUCCCUGGAUGUGUGGAUAGCUCUGGGGCUUAGGUAGGAGAUAGGCACGUGGAUGCCUAGAAGGAGGCAGCAUUGCUCAUACCCAGAGGCAGGAAGUUAGGCACCCAGGGACCUUUUACCUUGAAAAACUUAGGUGCUGAGUGAGUUCAGGCACCUUCAGUGCUGGAUGGGCAUUUUGUGGGUCACAGUGGAGCCAAAACUGGGAGUUAAGUAGUUCUGUGGAUCCCACCUCACCUGCUUCAUCAGUUCAUUUCCAAUUAUGCCUGAGACACCCGUGACUCUUGAACUCUGGUGAAAGCAGCUGGGACAGAACUCUGUGAAACAGAUUUUAUGUUUUAAUUUGUAGUCACACACUGUGGUGGGUGUUCACCCCACACCAGGCCCUGAAGGGGUUAAGGUGGCUAGUGUGGCCAAUUAAUUGUCUAACCUGCACCUGGAGGAGGAGCCAGGUGAAGCCCAUCUGGACAGGAACAGCCAGGGCUUGUAUAAAGCCAGGUAGCCGAAAGAAAACGGGACUGCAAGGAGGAGGGCUGCAGUCUCUGAGGCUAGGGAGAGAGGGGAGUUUGGCUCCAAGGGAAGGGCAUACCUGGAGAAGGAGUCUGAGAAAGGCAUUUUAGGAAGCAGUGGUCAAUUAUACAGGAGGGUUUUUUAUUUAUGCAAAGAGUAAUUUAUAGGCUAUGUAUUCACAGAGCUGUUCCAAACUAUGAUCCACGUGUUACCAGGGUUGUUCUUGUGGGCCAAAUGAUGCCUUUUGUGAACCAAGUUGAGAAAGGAAGUGGUCCAGAUGUCCUUUCUUAAGAAGUGCUUCAUCAAGUAAAGACUUUGGAGAAUCCUUGUGAUGAGCCAAUUCCUUCAUUCUGCUCUGGCUGUUUUGAUUUUAUGUGUGAACUGCUCAAACAUCCUUGGGAACAAAGACUGUUGCUCUGCAAAGGGGAAAAGUGUUUCUGUAAAACCUCAUAUCAAUGCAACAAGCUAUUUUUUGUGUGUAAGAGAAGUAACACAAAAUGAUUUUUGUCAGUGCACCCAUUUUCGGGAGAAGUUAGGAUCCAAAUCCAAAACCCCACCUUAAAAUGCUGGGAGUUCAGACUGGGUUGUAUGUUGUGACUUGAGUCAAUCUCUGUAUCAUUAUGAGGGAUCCAUUUUACUACGUAGGUGUGUAGGGUAAAAUCUGUUUUAUAUAUCUCACAGUAUAUUGUGUAAAUCAACUUUUACUUUCUGUACAAGUCUGGUAUAAGCUAUACUUGUACUCUGUUUUCUAAACAAGAUUUAUUUACAAAAGUUAGAUGCAUUUUCUGGUAUUCAUGCUAAAUCAUGUACACUUUUAAAUAUAGAUCAAGGGUUAAAGAUGCUUUAUUACCCA